GGAACGCUCUGGGUCCCAAGGCACCCCGACACGCCUGAGAUGAACGCGCCUGCGCACGUGUCGCCUUCGUGUGCCUCAGUGAGAAUGCACAAAAAUCCCCAGCCACCUCCAAAUGCCUUUCCUCCCACAAAGCACUCCAGCCCGGCGACCCGAUCAAAUACAGAAAACCCCAAGCCACCACUGUACCUCCCACCAUGGAUGAGGCCUCCAUGCCUGUGAUUCCUGCCCCUGUUGCCACCCCAGGGCCAGCACCAUCUGCCGCUGCUCCUCGAGUCCCCUUUCACUGCAGCGAAUGUGGCAAAAGCUUUCGUUACCGAUCAGACCUGCGGCGCCACUUUGCUCGACACACAGCGCUCAAACCCCAUGCAUGCCCUCGCUGUGGCAAGGGCUUCAAGCAUAGCUUCAACUUGGCCAACCACUUGCGCUCACACACCGGUGAGCGGCCCUACCGAUGCUCCGCCUGCCCUAAGGGAUUCCGAGACUCCACUGGCCUGCUGCACCACCAGGUUGUCCACACUGGUGAGAAGCCCUACUGCUGUCUGGUCUGCGAGCUCCGAUUCUCCUCUCGAUCCAGCCUGGGCCGCCACCUCAAGAGGCAGCACCGGGGCGUGCUUCCCUCUCCCCUCCAGCCCAGCCCAGGCCUGCCUCCCCUGAGCUCCCCCUGCUCAGUGUGUUGCAACGUGGGUCCCUGUUCGGUUUGUGGAGGUGGAGGGGCCGGCGGAGGAGAGGGCCUGGAAGGAGCAGGAACGACCAACUGGGGGUUGGCAGAGGCGGCAGCUGCUGCUGCGGCCUCACUGCCUCCAUUUGCGUGUGGCGCCUGUGCCCGGCGCUUUGACCAUGGCCGGGAGCUGGCUGCCCACUGGGCUGCACAUACUGAUGUGAAGCCGUUCAAGUGCCCGCGCUGUGAGCGUGACUUCAAUGCACCUGCGCUGUUGGAACGCCACAAGCUCACGCACGACCUGCAGGGGAGCACUGCACCCCCAACACAGGUUUGGGCCUCUGCUGGGAGUCCAGAGGUGGCAGAAGAGAGCGACAUGGCAGAGGUGGGGGCUGCCCCGCCGACUUGGGACCCCAGGCUCCUUCUGAGCCCUACUGGGGCAAGCGUGCCCAAGCUGGAGGCACUGCUUCCUGGGGGCGAAGGCGCUGGGAAUGCCCGGGCCCCGGCUGCAGCAGCGGAGGCGUCCUCAGAAGACACACUGUACCAGUGCGACUGCGGGACCUUCUUCGCCUCUGCCCCGGCCUUGGCCAGCCAUCUAGAAGCGCACUCUGGCCCGGCUACCUUCGGCUGCGGCCACUGUGGGGCGCUGUAUGCUGAGCUGGCCACCCUGGAGGAACACCGGCGUGCCAGCCACGGAGAGGGCAGUGGGGAAGCGGCCCCUGACGGUAAGGGCGAGCAAGCAGCUAGCGGGCCCACACCCGGCUCCUCUAGCCGUGGUAAGAAAAUUUUUGGCUGCUCUGAAUGCGAGAAGCUGUUCCGUUCUCCUCGAGACCUGGAACGGCAUGUGCUGGUCCAUACUGGAGAGAAGCCAUUCCCGUGCCUGGAGUGUGGCAAGUUCUUCCGCCACGAGUGCUACCUCAAGCGCCACCGGCUGCUGCAUGGCACAGAGCGGCCCUUCCCCUGUCACAUCUGCGGCAAGGGCUUCAUUACGCUCAGCAACCUCUCCAGGCAUUUAAAGCUGCACAGGGGAAUGGACUGAACAACCAGGCCGCCCCAGCCAGCCAAGUCCAGAGCUAGACCAUAAGAUGAGACAGGCCCCUGUCUGCAAAAAUGGUGCCACCCAGAACCCACACAGGAACGCAGUGAAGCAUCCUUCAGCAAAAGGGUCCAAGUAUGUAAUUGCUGGGGAAUUUCUCUCUGAAAUCCACAGAGACACUCUUGACUUUGAGACCCCUGGAAUGUGGCAUGUUCAAAUAACUGGCCUCCGAGACUGGUGACGUAGAAAUAAAAAACGGGUCUCCACUAACACCUCUCAGCAGAUAACAUGUGGGCCCCCCCCCACAGUCCUACCACCCACUCCCUGAGAGCCAUCAUUCCUGAUGAUCCUCACCCGGGGGUGGGGUUAGGGCAACAUCUUGGAAUCUUCUAGGAUCCCCUUCAGAUGACACCUGUCAGCCACUGGUGGCCCCAGAAAAUGAGUAUAGCCAGAAUCUGCCUUCUCCCCAUCUUCCUAUGCUGAAAGAGGACCAGGGUAGAUGGCCCCACUUUUAAUUAACCCACUCUCAGAGUAGGUCCCCUUACUGCAGAAUGGUCUGACCCUACCGAUCUUCCCCUAUCCUGAACACUAGAUUAGACUGGCCCAAAGUCUCCCCUGUAGGUUACUAUCCACAGUUACCCUAUCCACUUGGAAUGGGCUGGCGCAGAUUGUGGCCUAGCCACACUCUCCAUAGAGUAAUAGGGCAGACAUUCCCUUAUGCUGUAGAGCCAGUCUUCUGACCACAAUUGUCCCAAUCCUGUGACCUGGUGGAGGUGGUAGAUGCUGAGGUUUCCCUCCCCCUCGACUGUAGUACCUGUCGGUCUUCUCAUCACUGUCAGCUUGCCUCUUUGUCCCAACCCAAGGGGAUAGGGGAACUUGGCUAGGGGUUUCUCCCCUGUGAGCCUCAACCUCACCCCCUGUCAUUGGCCCCACUCCCAAUGUCUCUGGGACUCCAAUAAACCUCAGUUACUAUUG